UGGGAUGCCAUCAAGUGCAGGGACAUGGACCAAAACUUGCCCAACUGAUCCCCAUUGAAAUUGCAAGCGUUCUUUUCCUUUCCCAAAAGGAGGUGUUCAAGGAAACACCUUUUAUAUGUUGGACUCUGAUUUCACAGGUCUUUUCCAACGUAGCUAAUUCUGUUAUUCUGUAGGAAAUUACUGAAGCCUCCUUCCUAGACAUAUUCUUCCUAUCCCUUUCCAGCCUGAAAUGCUUCCAGAAAAGGUAAUAGAUGACUGUUUUUCUUUUUAUCUUUUCCCUUUGAAUAACAGUCAGGAUAUAUGCAAAUCUUUCUUUUCAGACUUACUACAUGCUAUUUUCUUGCUGGUGAAAAAAAACUUUCUCAAGUUUUUUGUUUUGGCCACAUUAUUAUUCAUUACUUCAUAUUUGUUCUUAAUUAUAAAGUACAGAGUUGCUUGUCAUUUCUUGAAGUUAUUUUUAAAAUUAAAUUAUCCCACAACCCUCAUUUUUUUCAUGCAAAUAUAAAAAUUUUUGAUGAGAAAAUGAUCCCUUUUUGGUACUUCAAAGAGAAAUCUUUUAAGCUGUGAGGUACUUCAUGCUCUUAACCACACUCUGUAGAAUUACUAGUUAAUUAAUUUGACUGGACCUUGCUAUAUUACAUACCAAAGUCAUCAUAUUGGCAAAGAUGAAGAAAAUCUGUAAAUUUUUUCAUGGAACCAGGAAGGCUUGAUUUAGGUGAUGGAAACUUCAUGAAAGUCUUUUUGUGCUGUAAAAAUUAAGAGCAGACGUGAAUUAUUACAACUGCUCAACGUAACUUAAUAGGGUGGAAACUUGGUAAACUGCUGUAAUUUUGUUGCUCUGGAGUUCUGUGGCCAUACCACAGAUUUCUUCAUGUCUCAUACCACGGAUUUCUUCAUUCCCCAGUGUACAGCAUGGCCUGCUGCAGCCUGCAUGAGAAAUGGGACAAGUGUGCUUAGCUGUGAGUUGGAUCCACUAUAAUAAGAUUAUCCCAGAGCUACACAGACCUCAGCAAGCAGCUAUUUUAAGCAGGGAAUAGCAGAGAACAAGAGCAAACAGCCGCAAAAUAUGUCCAGCUGUCUCCCUUUCUAGAAUUCCAGCAUGGAAAGUGUUGCUGUGGUGUGCAUACUGUGAGCCUCAGGUAGGACAUCCCCUUUUCUUAUCCCUUCAUCCUCUUCUUUCUCUUCUUUUUGGCAAUUUUAAUAGCUUAAUGAAUACUUCAGGGUACAACUGUAAAAGUUUUAGUCCUAAACUUGGCUUGCAGAGAAUAAACCGUAAGGCUACUGGCAAGAGGCAGGGAGUUAUUUCCAACAUAAUAGUUUGCACAGGAAAACCAUACCACCUGGUAUGUGUUUGCUACAUUUGAAUAGUCUCCAGUGGUUUAAUGGGAUAUAUUCAAAUCAAACCACUAAGCCAAAGUUCAUACAGAUUUAACAAAACAUGUACAGCGUAAUGCACAGCACUUUUUGUAUAUUUCAAAAACUCUUUGGUUUCUUACUCAAAUGCUACCAAUGCACCACUGGAUAUGUGCCAGUGCCCUGCUUUUGGUCUGGACUCUCAUGGCACUCUCAAGCAUUUAAUCAGUUGCCUAUAGAGGAAAUGAAUCCUCUACCUUGUUAUUGUAUCCCUGGGCAUGACUUUCUACUUCCACUAUAAACAUUGUCAAAGAUAGGGGAUUUGAUUGUCAAUGAGGGGUUUUGAGAAGAGUCCACAAUUUUCUAUUCUUCAUGCUGAUAGUCGAGUGUAUUUUUAUUUUGUGAAUGCAGUCUUAUGCCUUAUAUAGGGCCCCUUUAUGUUAUAGUGCCUUCAGCAUCAACCCUAAACCCAGAAUCAGAAGGAAUAAAUGUCUGCUUCCAGGUGUCUGGAACUAUCUACUUCAAAAACUCAUAAAUGGUCCUGCAAGGAAAAUUAUUAUUGCCUCUUUCGUUAUUUAAUAAAUGUGGUUGAUGUCUUAAAAGAGUUUUCCAUUAAAGUGAAAUUUUGUUAUGUGCCAAAAUCUGGGAUAUAAUCUUUAAUUCUGUCUAACACUUUGAAAUUGAGUACUUUCCCCUGUUAUACUGGUGUACUGUUAUUUGUUUUUCUGUGAUGAAAUAUUAUGACCAUGCAUAUUAUAAGUCUUUCCUGAGGGAGAUUGUAAUGACUUAUAAGUGCUUACCUGGUCAAUGUACUCAUCUGCAGCCAACAAUCCAAAUACAAAGUGAUUAUUUUGAAAAGCAAUCAAAAGUAACUUAAGCACUUCUUGGGUGCCUUGAGAAAGAAGAUAAAAAUAUCAUGAAUUAUUUUAAGGAUUUUAACCACAAAUCAGUGAGGAAGCUUGGAAUAAACUUCUAAUCUCAACAUCUCAGAUGAAGCAAAAUUAAAUGUCAUAGAUAUGAAGUUCUAAAUUCUUUAGACUUGAAUUUAUGUACUAUUAAUUAGAUAUGGGAGCUGGUUCCUACUGAAUUUACUUGCAAAGGAUUUCAAAAUAAAUGAAGUAUUUCACUGACAAAACCUCAGUGAAGUAACAUUAUUGUGUAGCUCUUUCCACUUCUCCUUCCUUUUUGCCUUCCUUUUGGAUUGGAAUACAUAAGAAAAGGAUUAUAGUAAAGAAAAAAGGUUUUGUAAAAUUAAAGUGUAUAGAACUUUAUAAUCUUCUGCAGUGAUCCUCAUACUGGCUUGAAAGGAACAGAACAGAUCCUUCACACCACUAGUGCACUGCUUUGGGACUUCAGUGAUCAUCACAAGACGUCACAUCUGUGAACAGCAUUGAUGAAACGCCACAAGCAUCUAAAACAGAAUUUGCUGAAAGUAUUUAAAAAUAAUUUAGGUUAUUUUAAUUUAAUGACAGUUUGACCAAACACAGAGGUCAAGGUUGUAGGCUUCACGGUCAUAAAGGAUAUUUUAGCUAUGAUACCAGUAGUACUUAUUGUUCCUGUUUUCCCAUUUAGCCAGCCAGAUACUUUUAAAUUGAGCUUUCUUAGACUGACUUUUUAAAGCAUUGGAAUAGUCUUGUGCAAUAAAAGUGCGAUAAGGAAGGAGCAGGAGGUUUCUGCAUGUGUCUGUCUGAACCACCAGGGGGAACUCAUUCCUCAUCUAUAACUUUUCUGCAGCAAGUAUCUGAAAAAAACACCGAUGCUUGAACCAGGUUUAGAAAGUCAAUUCAGCAGAGAGUUUGUCUUCUUUCAUAUUAAGGAGCUUUAUGUAAAGCCUUGUCAAUCUGCAGUGCUCUUUCCACACUGCCCAUGAGUGCAUCAGCCGCCCAACGCAUUGAGCAGCAAUGCCAGACCAAGUCUGGCCACAGAGGGACCCAUGUUCAGCUGGGAAAUCUUGUACAUCACUGGGGUAUGGUAAUUUCCACCCCCUGCCCACUUCAGACUGACCUGGGACUUGUGCUAAACCUGCUGGACUGACAGAAGACUCAGCAGAGAGCCUGGCUUGGCUUCUCACAGAUUAAACUCCUUCACACCACUGGUCAUGGCUUUGUGGCUGAAAGGAAUUUUUUUUGGCUGUAUCUGUGCAAAAGCUGCAUUGUCUGGGGAAAAUGUAACAACAAAAGUAGAAUUCUUUUUUUUAAACAAAAUUUAGUGUGAUGAUAAUUGACAGUGCUACAGUAGGAUUAACAAAGAUUGCAGAGAAUUCGAUAAAUAGCAGAACUUUCCCCGGAGACAUGUGACUGAUGAUGACUGUGCUGAAUUUUCUUCCUCUUUCUCCCAAAUGAAGUUUUAUACCAUCGAAUACUGAAAAAAAAAGAAAGUAACUAUGUUUGGACUCCUUUUUUUCAUUUUAUUCACCCCUGGAGUCAGUGAAUUCAUUUGUACAUCAUCAGAUCUUGAAAUGUCAUAUACUUUCUGUGAUUCUACAGCUCAUGCUUUCAUGUUUAAUCUGACACCUUGCAGCACGAUGAACAAAUCUGUCUGGAAGGCUGAUCUUACCUGGAUUCCAAGAAGUGACAUCCACUUUUUGAAGAUUGUCUUCAAUGUCUGGUAUGAUGGUGCCAAAGCACUCCUCUGGAAAGAACUCCUCUGCAGCGGAGCUGAUGAUGAAUACUCAGUGUGUGGAACGCUGAAAGGAGAAACACUUGCAUCGGCAUUUGAUAUUAAAGGCUCAAGAACAGCAUUUCCAAAGGGCAAUUAUACUAUUGUUGUGCAAGGAUUCUCUGAUGAUUCUGAGAGUAAUAUGCUCAUAUGCUUGAAUUUCACCAUGAUAGUAAAACAAGACACUUUCUGAGGGCAACAAACUUUUCAAGUAAUUCCAGAAUAUGGAGGUCACUUCUGUGGGCAGCUGGAAUCCAAGCUGUGGAGUAAUAUGCACACUGAAUUUCCUGAGGCAGAAUACAUCAUGUGCUGUCUGGGAAGCUAUAAGAUAUAGUCUUUCUCAUUUGUAGCACAGCCAUAAUCUGUUGCUCAGCCAAUGUGCCCAAAAUUUCUGGGAAUCAGGCAUCCUGAUUAAUCCACAGAAUUACUCUGACUGGAUGUCAGGCUCGUCUUGCAUUUUGGUGCUGUGCCUUGAGUUACAAUAAAGUUCAGUGCUUCAGGCUGAGCUAAAGUAAUCAAGAAGUUUUGAAGUUUUGAAGUGCCAGAAUCAGAAGUUCAUCAGUAUUCAAUUUAAAAUAACACAGCAAUUGAAUUUGGGAACCCUGCUGUGAGGUGGUGGGGGGUGUUUUUUUGGUUUGUUUGGGUUUUUUUUUUUCCUUUUCUUGUAACAA